CCCCGGACCUUAGGGCAUACUGUAGUUCCUUUGUGGGCCGUUGUUUGUUUCUCACGAAAGAGAAAGAAAAAAAAUUCUCCUGAUUUUUCCAUACCUUCUUUGGAAGGCAAAGACUGGAUUCUUGUGUAGAUUAUUAGUAUAAAGUCUAACUAAUCUUAUUUUCCCAGACGCCUCCCAAAUUUUCUCGAGAAAAUUUCGGUCUCCUGUAAUGGCUAGUAGGAAGCUGGUUCGCGAUUUGUUACUUGCAAGACGGUCCCUUUGUCUUCAGUUACAAUCUCAACAGGGUUCAAAUGUGAGAUUGAGAUUCCUAUCUGCGAAUGCGAAUCGGUACUCGGGUAAUCGUAGAUUCAGCGUGUUCAAUGAGUUCUCCCAGAAAGUUAAGGGCGAGGCCAAAAGCAAUCCAGAAUUUCAGAAAUCUGUGAAGGAGCUUAAAGAGAAAGCAGACGAGCUUAAAGGGAUCAGAGAAGACCUGAAAGUUAGAACGAAGCAGACAACAGAGCAGCUCUACAAGCACGUGGAUGGCGCGUGGUCGGAGGCUGAAGCUACAGCUAAAAAGGUUUCCACCAACAUGAAAGAGAGAAUCUCUGCUGCUACAGAGGAGGUUAAGGAAACUUUCGGGAUCGGGAAACAAGACUCUUCAGAGUCUAGUAGUGCUUCAUCUGAGAAUGGGGCUGGCACAGAUGAUGGAGAUAAGGCAUCAUCUAGGGAAGAGGAGCAAAAACAGUCUGGCUCUACUGAUACUGCUGAAACUUUGUUUGGAAAAAUUAAGACUAGCAUUUCUUCUCCUAAGAUCUUCCAAAAGUUGAGGGAAGUAAAGGUCAUUGACUUAGCAAAGAAGGGGUAUGAUGUUGUUAAGGAUGAGUUAAGCAGUACUCCAAAUAAGAGAAAGCACCUGGAGUAUACUCCUCCCCCGUCAAUGGGUGAAAGAAGUGCCAGAACUGAUAUUGUUGUUUUACCCUCACGGCAAUCCCGCUGGAGUAAAAAGUGGGAGGCCUUUAAGGAGAAGAUGCAAGGUAAUCCCUUAUUCAAGCGUGCUAGUGGGCUUAGUGAACCAGUUGUGACGAAGGGCCAAGAGAUUGCAGAGGAUAUGCGAGAGAGAUGGGAGACCAGUGACAACCCCAUUGUUCACAAAAUUCAAGACAUCAAUGAGAGUAUCUUUCAAGAAACGGAUGCCGCAACAUCAUUCAAAGAAAUACACCGUCGGGAUCCUUCUUUCUCUUUACCGGAGUUUGUGGCAGAGGUUCAGGAAGCAAUCAAGCCUGUGCUUAAUGCUUACAUGAAGGGAGAUGUCGAGACCUUGAAGAACUAUUGUAGCCCUGAAGUUAUUGAAAGGUGUAAAGCAGAGCAUAAUGCCUAUCAAAGCCAUGGUAUAUUUUUUGAUAACAAGAUUCUCCAUAUUUCUGAUGUAGAAGUUAGAGAGACCAAAAUGAUGGGAACCUCCCCCAUCAUUAUAGUGGCGUUCCAAACACAACAAGUCUACUGUGUGCGUGAUAGAGAAGGUUCAAUAAAAGAAGGUGGGAAGGACACAAUCCACACCGUAUAUUAUGCUUGGGCCAUGCAACAAGUGGAUGCGGAAGAACUCGGAGAAGGUGCGCUUUAUCCAAUAUGGAAGCUUAGAGAAAUGCAACAAAUGGGUGUGCAAGCCCUUAUCUAGACUUUCAAUGUCCGGAGCCCAUCUUGUUAGUGGGUUGUAUGUUUUCAAUAUUACUUAUGUUUAUUAUUUAUGUUAAGUUGCUCCUUUUUUGUUAGUUCUUCUCGAAAAUUGUAGCUGAUAUACAAUUUUUUUUAAAAUUGUUUUAGUGAAAUAAAGAAAUAUUCCGCCA